AUGGAAACUGGCAUAUCAUCGACGUCGCUGUGGCAGAAUCGCAAAUGUCUUUUAUUCUGCUGUCUGGUCUCUAUGGGGAAUAUGCAAUAUGGCUUUGAUCUGGCUGCAGUUGGUGCAUUGCAGGCUAUGCCUGGAUUUCUCAAAGUAUUCGGAUACGUUGAUCCGACCAGUGAGACCGGAUACGCGAUUGCUAGUACAACACAACAACUUAUAACAUCUCUUCUCACCUUGGGAUCAUUUGUAUCCUCGCUGGUAGCAGGAUUCUUUGCCAAUUAUCUUGGUCGCCGAGAAGCAUUAUGGCUCGCCUGUAUCGUGAAUGCAGUAGCUGUCGGAAUCCAAAUAGGAACGACCACGCCGGGCGUUCUAUACUUGGGACGCUUGCUGCUUGGGUUUGCCAACGGCUUCCUAGUCACAUUCUCCAAUAUUUGGACUUCAGAGGUGGCUCCAUCCCACCUGCGUGGAGUUAUGGUUGCGCUAUUCUCGUUCUGGGUCAAUAUUGGGUCAAUAAUAGGAGCAGUGGUGGACAACUCUACGCAAGUGAGACUUGACAAACUGUCAUACCGCAUUCCUUUGGCAUGUCUGUAUAUUGUUCCCGUUGUUCUAUUUGUGGCACUCUUCUUUGUGCCAGAAAGUCCGCGGUGGCUGCUACAUCGUGGCAAGGAGCAGCAGGCAAGAAAGGCACUGGAAAGACUUCGUGGUAAGAGCUAUGCAACUCUUCUCGCAAUUUCCAGCUCCAGUUCCGAUCUUGGCAAUGGACGUGGUAGUGCUGGUAUUACGACUGUUACUCCAUCUCUAUUAGAGUUGGAGUGGAUAGAGAUGGUUAAGGGUGUUGAAGAGGAAAAGCGCGUCCAAAAGGACGUUGCAGCAAUAGACAUGUUUAGAGCACCAGGUGUUGAUCUUCGGCGAACUCUACUAUGCUACGGCAUGAUCGGCUGCCAGACUGGAUCUGGAGUGUGGUUUCUCAUCGGCUACCAGACAUACUUUUUCACAAUCAGUGGAAUCUCCAAGGCUUUCCAAUUCACUCUCAUGAAUACAUGCUUUGGAUUCCUGGGCUCCAGCAUCGGCUUAUAUGCUAUUCGUCAUGUAUUCGGUCGUCGAGCGAUCCUAAUUCUUGGAGCUAUAGCUUGCGGAGUCUGCCAACUAGUAACCGGGAUAGCAGCAACAGUGAGCCCGAAUAGCCUACCGACAGGUAAGACACUGGUUGCCUUUACGUCGUUAUUUAUGUUCUUCUACAACGGGUGCGUUGGAGCUAUCAGUUACCCUGUCGCGACAGAGCUGGUAAGCUCAAGAUUACGUGCGUGGACAAUUGGCACAGCAACAUCCCUGGGCUAUCUACUUGCCUGGCUAUGUAACUUUUGCACACCAUACUUUAUUAAUCCGGAACACCUGGACUGGGGUGCUCGAUACGGCUAUAUUUGGGCUGGAUCAAACCUUAUCUGUGUGAUAUUCUUUUACUUUUUCAUGCCGGAGAUGAAUAAUCGGUCAUUGGAAGAGCUGGACGAGAUUUUCGCUGCUAGAGUGCCAGCUCGCAGGUUUCCCGCCUAUCAGUGUGUCAUUCGGGAAGAAGCAAGACUUGAUGCAGUCAAAGCAAACGAGGCACGAAAUGAAGAGAAGCCACAGCAUGAAGAACGAGAAAAUGUACUCUAG